AUGAAGAUUUAUAAAAAUUCUGGGAAUUACACGGAAAACAUUUCAAUGGAUGUAUUGAUAGAAAAAGUAAACAAUUUUUUUUUUUUAAAAAAAAAAUAAAAAUAAAAAAAGAAAAAGAGUAGCAAUAAAAAUAAAAAAAAGAUAAAAAAAAAGAAUUUAAAUUAAAAAAUGAAUUCGAUUUUGCCGAUGAAAAAUAUACAGAUAUUAACUCCAUUAAAAAUCUUUUUAAAGGAAUUCUUGCUAGAACAGCUAAUAAUUAAAAAAUUAUUGAACCUUAUCAUAAAAUGGUUAGAGAAAUAUUAAAAUAUCAUGAUAAAUAACAAUAAAAAAUUGAAAAUCUAGAUCAUUUUACUGUCGAUGUACAUCCCUAAUAUAAAGAUACAAGAUGCUUUUUCGCUGUUAAAUAAGAUGGUUCAAAAGAAGACUUUUCAGUAGUAAAAUGUAUUUAAAAAUUAGAAUAGGAAUUAAAUAAAUGAAAAAAAACAUAAAAUUACAUUAAAAAAAUAUUUAUAUAUAAAAAAAAAACUCAAUAUUUUUUGA